AUGAGUCGAUACUUAGUGCACGUGACUAUGAUGGUCAUGGUUCACAUACUUUGUCAACAGCGGGUGGGUAGCUUUGUUCCUGGAGCUAGUGUUUUUGGCAUUGGAAAUGGAACAGCAAGUGGUGGCUCACCAAAAGCUCGAGUUGCAGCCUAUAAGGCGUCCAUAAGUGACGGGGUUGAUGUGCUUUCUCUGUCUUUGGGUUCACCGAAUCACCAAGAUUACUUCAAAGACGUUGUUGCCAUCGGGUCCUUCCAUGCAGUUGCCAAUGGCAUAGUAGUAAUGGCUUCUGCAGGAAAUGCAGGACCUUCUCCUGGAACUGUAUCCAACGUUGGACCAUGGAUACUUACAGUUGCUGCAAGCACUACUGAUAGAGACUUCGCUAGUUAUGUUACACUUGGUGACAAGAAAAUCAUUAAGGGAGCUAGCCUUUCAGAGCAAAACUUACCAUCUAAUAAGAUGUACCCAUUGAUUAGUUCUGUUGAUGCCAAAAAUAUCAAUGCAUCGAUUAAGGACGCACUUGGUUGCCAGUAUGGAACUCUUGAUCCUGAGAAGGCUGAGGGGAAAAUAUUGGUCUGUCUUGGUGAGGAUUCAAAUAUGGGUGUGGAAGCUUUUAGGGUAGGCGCUGUUGGAAUGAUUUUGCCUAAUGAUAAGGGACGAAGGGAUGAAAUGAGACCCCGGCCCUACUUGCUUCCUGCUGCCAAUGUCGGCUUUGAGAAUGGCAAUUACAUUUAUAAUUACAUCACCACUACCCAGUCUCCUAUGGCUUAUAUUUCCAGAGUGAAAACAGAAUUGGGUGUGAAGCCAGCUCCAUAUGUUGCUUCAUUUUCAUCAAGGGGUCCCAAUGCUGUUGACCCAGCAAUCCUCAAGCCUGAUGUCACUGCACCAGGAGUUAACAUCAUAGCUGCUUAUAGUGAAGCCAUAUCUCCCACAGGUUUAGAAUCUGACAAACGAAUAACUCCUUACAUGGCAUUCUCUGGCACUUCAAUGGCAUGUCCUCAUGUUUCUGGCCUUGCUGAGCUGCUCAAAGCCCUUCAUCCUGAUUGGAGCCCAGCUGCUAUUAAGUCGGCAAUCAUUACCUCAUCAACUACAACAGAUAACUAUGGAAGGCCUAUUCAGGAUUCAGUUUCGAACGAGGCAACUCCAUUUGACUAUGGUGCAGGGCAUAUUAAACCUGACAGUGCUGCGGACCCUGGACUUGUAUAUGAUCUGAAUAUUACUGAUUAUUUGAACUAUUUGUGUGGUCAUGGCUACACCAGUUCCCAGCUUAAGCUCUUCACCGAUAAGCCUUAUACUUGUCCAAAGUCGUUCAGUUUAGCAGACUUCAAUUAUCCAACGAUCACAAUUCCUCAGUUGGGCCCUGGACAUUCUGUGAAUGUUUCUCGAACUGUUACUAAUGUUGGAUCCCAAAGCACGUAUGAAGUGCGCAUCAAGGCCCCACCACAAGUUGAAGUUUCGGUUGAGCCUAGUAAGCUGAGGUUCCAGAAAAAGGGUGAGAAAAAGGAGUUCAGAGUUACAUUGAACUGGAAGUCUAAAACUGAAAACACCACUGGUUUCGUCUUCGGGAGGUUGACGUGGACUGAUAAGAAGCACCAUGUUAGGAGUACCAUUGCAGUUAAUGUAACACAAUAA